AUGUAUCCCGCCAGGCCCCGUCUGCCGGCGCUGGCCCCUCGCCUGCCAGGCAAUUCGCCUCCGGUCGUCGAGAGGCCGAGCGUCAAAGAGCAUACGGAAAAGGAGUGGGCCGCGCGGAAGGACCUCAUUGAGGCGCUCUACAUAGGCGACAAUCGCAAGUUGAACGAGAUUAUGGCUAUUAUGGAGACCAAAUACGGCUUCGCCGCUACCGAGCAAAUGUAUAAGAAGAGAUUCAAGAAGUGGAACAUAAGAAAACGAGCAUAUCGCAAAUCGGCUGUUGAGACCAAAGUCCCUACUCCAGCCCCCACUCCCACUUCCACUUCCACUCCCGCCUCCACAUCUUCUUCUUCAACCGACUCAAAGCAAGAGGAUGACGACGAUGUCGAGGAAGUACCAAGGACGCCAGAAGCCCCUUCAGUUACAGGCCUUGACCUGGUGCCAAACCCCCAAUUCAAGCCCCUCGCGGAUCUAGAGUUCAUCUUGAACGGUGUCAUGUCUUGGAGCUCGGAAAAACUAGAGUCUUAUCGCAUAGCGUCCGAUCCCAUGUCCCGAUACCUUGCCACUCCCAACAAGCCUAUUCAAGACAGCCGCACCAUGUACCGGACGUUCGAGUUGGUAUUCGACUUGUGGUCCUAUGGCAAAGGCGACCUGGCGGGCAUGGCUGCCAGGAAGGGUUUCUACGUGAUGGAAACAGUCUUGACCGAGGAUCACCCCGAUCUUCUUUGGCACAUGCUUGACACAAUAUUUGACAUGAUCGACCGAGGCCAUUUACAGCUCCUCAGCAUGUUUAUACGGCAUGCGCUCGUCCUGGCACGGAGCCGCUUUCCUGAAACUCACCCCCUCAUCCGUAUCCUUCAACAGCUCUUAUCAUGCGACUAUCAAACCGAGCACGGCCGCCAAUUCAUCUGCUAUCUAUUACGGCAAGCAUGGCUACGGAAUGUCGAUCUUCUCUCGGAGCACAUUAAAAAAUCAGCGCCCCAGGAGUUCUGGCUAUAUGAGCAGUUGAUCUGGGAUGCCCGGACGAGACUACGUCGGAACAAUGGGCUUGCCAAUAGACGAGAAAUCAUGUAUGAAGGCCUCGAGAAUCUGGUCCACCAUGAAGAACCCCCAGAGAAUGACGGCAACUUGGAGAAACUAAGAGUUGACGCCCUCAUGCUGGAGUUUACACAAAUGGACCUAGAUGACAAGGAGAAGGCUGAGAAGAUGGCGUUGGACUUGCUGGAUACUACCCAAUUCUGGUCAGGAGCGCUUUCAAAUGCCAGAUUCCACGCAUAUGCCCGCAAGAUGCUGGCUAGAAUAUGUGAGAGCAAACAGGACUGGGACCGAGUUGAAGAGAAUCUAAAGUACGCCAUCCACAUGCGAGAGGCAGCCCAUGGUACGACCUCCAAUUUACGGGUCAUCCGAGACAUGUGGGUGCUCGCCGCCUACUAUCAAAAGGUUGGCAAGAUAGAAGACGCUCUGCAAGUCGCCCAAGAUGCCAUCACCAGAGCGCAGCAGUAUUUGCACGAUAUUCCAGGCUGA